GUUUUACGACGACAACUAGUAGUAACUAAAAGAGCAACUUGGCAAAGCGAUAGUGUAUACUGUAGAGUGUUUAAGAGAGUGAGUUAAGCAAGUGUAGAGAAGAGAAAUGGGUAGGUACAGGUGUUGCAUCUUGCUGGUUCUUGCUCUGCUCGUGGUUGUUGCAAGUGCCAGAAACAUGCCCACUGACGCUACUUUCGAGGACCAGAAGAACUUCCUCGGAUAUGGUUUCUCAGGUGUUGGCAACAAUGGCCUUCCCUUCGGAGGAGUCGGCACUGGCUUCGACGGUGGCAACCUGGGUGGGCCUUCUGGGCUCGGUGGACUCGGAGGAUUCGGUGGGCCUGCUGCUGGCCUUGGCGGCUUCGGUGGGCCUGGUACUGGUUCCGUGCCCGGUCUUCCUCUCCCUUGAAAUUCCAACCAAACCUCUCUUUCGCUUCUUAUAGCCUUAUAGCUUUUCUUUUAUAUUUCGUCGACAAAAUAACGUGGCGUGACGUGUUUCUUAAGGGUGUUAUCAUCAAGUAGUACUAGUGUGUGCUUUGUAACCACUGUGUGUUCUACGUACAUGUAUCAUGUAUGGCUCUUUUAGUUUUAUGUAUGGGAAUUGGGAUGCAUAUUUUCACUUGGAAUUUUAACAUGUAGUUUGUAAUGUGUGUGAUCAUUGUUCUCUCUGUAACACAUUCUAAAUUCUAGCCUUGUCUCUUAUUCAAACGUACUUGGUAUGUGACUU